CCUUCGGCUGCCGGGCCAAUGCAGCGCGGGGGCGGGGAUUGUUUGCGUCGCGGCCGGAACGGAAAGUGGGUCAGCGCCGGCCGAGCGCGUUGGUCGCAGGUGAGCCGUGCCGGCCCAGCCCGGCCAGGCCCGGCGGGCGGCGGGUUGACCUUGCAGGCGGUCAAACCGGCCACCCGUUGUUCCCUGGCGGUGGCGCUCGGGAGUCUGGGCGGGGGCCUCGGAGUCAGUAGCGAGAUUCGCGAGCCUCUGGCGAGGGAAGUAAUCUCCAGCCCUGCGGAGGCCGAGCGUAGUCACGUCCAGGGACAUCUCUGGUUCAUUCAUUGGGUUCCUACUGUGUGCUCUUGUCCUGCGCUCAGCCAACCCAACUGCUGUGCAGUGCUGUGCGCGGCCCCGCUCGGCUUCUUUGUGGAUGGCCGGGGCGAGGUCCUCUCCACUAUGGCCAGGCGUGCACGGAGUAGCAGAGCGUGGCACUUUGUCCUGAGUGCAGCCCGACGAGAUACAGAUGCCCGAGCUGUGGCUCUGGCAGGCAGCUCUAACUGGGGUUAUGACUCUGAUGGGCAGCAUAGCGACUCCGACUCUGACCCUGAGUACUCUUCCCUGCCACCAUCCAUCCCCAGUGCUGUGCCUGUGACAGGAGAGUCCUUCUGUGACUGUGAGGGCCAGAAUGAGGCUACCUUCUGUAACAGUCUGCACACAACACACCGAGGCAAGGACUGCCGUUGUGGUGAGGAGGAUGAGGAUUUUGACUGGGUCUGGGAUGACCUGAACAAGUCCUCAGCCACCUUGCUGAGCUGUGAUAACCGCAAGGUCAGCUUCCAUAUGGAGUACAGCUGUGGCACGGCAGCCAUUCGGGGCACCAAGGAGCUAGGGGAUGGCCAACACUUCUGGGAAAUCAAGAUGACUUCUCCUGUGUAUGGCACUGACAUGAUGGUGGGCAUUGGGACAUCGGAUGUAGACCUGGACAAGUACCACCACACGUUCUGCAGCCUGCUCGGCAGGGAUGAAGACAGCUGGGGGCUCUCCUACACUGGGCUCCUCCACCACAAAGGGGACAAGACAAGCUUCUCUUCACGCUUUGGCCAGGGCUCCAUUAUUGGUGUACACUUGGACACCUGGCAUGGGACACUGACCUUUUUCAAGAACAGGAAAUGCAUAGGCGUGGCUGCUACUCGGCUUCAGAACAGGAGGUUCUACCCGAUGGUUUGCUCCACAGCUGCCAAGAGCAGCAUGAAGGUCAUCCGCUCCUGUGCCAGCUCCACGUCCCUGCAGUACCUGUGCUGCUACCGCCUGCGCCAGCUGCGGCCACACUCAGGGGACACCCUCGAGGGCCUGCCCUUGCCACCCGGCCUCAAGCAAGUACUGCACAACAAGCUGGGCUGGGUCCUGAGCAUGAACUGCAGCCACUGGAAACCCCCGGUGCCCCCUGCUGGCACAGCCGUACCUGGUGCCGAGAGUCCAGAGACCAGGCCCUGUCAGAGGAAGCGCUGCCGAAGAAGCUGACUUCUUCCCUGGAGUGCAGAUACCUUUCUCUUUCUUGCCCUUCCAGGGCAGCAGGAGAGGGAAGAACUGAGGUCAAGGCUUUCCC